UCUUCAUUCAAACUCAAUACUGAUAUUAGAAGAAGAUAGAUAGAGGCGAUAAUCAUCAAUCAAAUUCUUCUUCUAAUCCUCUUGAUUCAAACUCCAAUCCAAGGGAUCUUCUUGUUGUUCUAUUACGAUGGCAACGAUGAACAACCGACAAGCGGCCGCUGCUCCUCCCAAACACUCUCUUCCAACGCCUAAGACCCUUGACACUCAAUCGGUCCUUAAACGGUUGCAGUCUGAACUGAUGGAUCUAAUGAUGAGUGGGGAGUCUGGGAUAUCUGCGUUUCCAGUGGAAGACAACAUCUUUUCUUGGAGAGGAACGAUUUGCGGGAGCAAAGACACGGUAUUUGAAGGAACAGAAUACAAGCUUUCCCUUUCCUUCCCUAACGAUUACCCCUUCAAGCCUCCAAAGGUGAAGUUUGAGACGGGUUGCUUCCAUCCUAAUGUCGACGUCUUUGGAAACAUAUGUUUGGAUAUUCUUCAGGACAAAUGGUCAUCUGCUUAUGAUGUGAGAAGUAUUCUAAUCUCUAUCCAAAGUCUCCUUGGAGAACCAAACACAGGUUCACCUCUGAACACUCAAGCUGCAGCACUUUGGAGUAAUCAAGAAGAAUACAGGAAAAUGGUGGAGAAGCUGUAUAAACCAGUUGAAUAAGAUUGAGAAUUCUGUUGUCAUGUUUGUUAUAAAAAGAUCAAUAUAUAAUAAUAUCUUUCUUUGAUCCUUUUAAUGUUUUUUGUAUUGGAUUUUGGUUGGAUAAUAAUAUGUUUCUUUGAUCCUUUUCUGUA